AUGGGUACUUUUCAAGAUGCUUCGGUUAUGUUCGAGUUGGAAGAGAAGCGAACGGCGUGGACGCCUGACCUGAUCGGUCCUAUUUUCAAGAAGCCCACCAUUGGUUUGAGAGAGGUGCUGCUCACACAUCGAAUGGACAAAUGCGUCCGAACUCUGGCGACUUUCGUUCCCGACGAGCUGAUCUACGAGACGGACAUCUCCCGAAAGAACUUCCGGAAGUUCAACGUGGUGCUGGCGAUGAUCGACGUCUCUCGGCUCUUCGGCCACUAUCAGAAGUACACGAACGCCGAUAACGGCGGAAGCUACGCGCUGGUCGAGAUGCUGAACUCCUUCAUCGGCCGCAUCGUCGAGGAGGUGUACUACAGCGGCGGUGACGUUUACAAGUUCUCUCUGGACGGUAUAGUGGUGCUGUGGAGGGUCAGCAAGGACACCUUCUUCUCCAGCACGUUGUAUAACGUGAUUCUGCACGCGCAAAAGAUGCAAGCGAUGGUCGAGGCGGUCAAGGACAAAAGUUUCGAGGGAAAGAUCGACGUGGUAGUCUCCGCGGGCGAAGUGAUAUUCUCCGUGAUCGGCGACGACACGGCUAGAGAUUACGUGAUCGGCGGCUCGCCGGUGAUGGAGCUGAAAUUCGCCAAAAGGAUAUGCCUUCCUGGAGACUUGGUCCUGUGUUCGAGCGCGUGGGAACAUUGCGCGCCAAGCCAAUACGAGUACGUGAUCAAGGACUCGAGCAACGUCAAGAUCAUCAGAGUACUCGGAGAACCGAGAUCGGCGUCUAUAAUGAAAUCAAAGCAAACUCAAUCGAAAUCGGAUGCCACGAAUCGUCCAGGCAAGCUCGCGUCAUCGAUUUUAUCGGAAGAGAUGGACGUAGAGAACAGCGAUUUCAACGAUGUGGAUGCAUUUUCCAGUUACUCCGGCAGAUCUCGUCUCACGACCAUCAUAUCGAGUCGUCUUCCAGCGGCCCGAAUCUCGAUAAUCGAGACGCUGAAGCAACGUCUGGGUGUCCAGUUGGAGACGUACAUACAUAAGCCAGUGUUGGAGCAGAUCAAACGCGAAGCAUCCUUGGACCACCUCACGGAAGUGAGACGUGUCACCGUGCUGGUCGUGAACGUGAUACCGAACAGGUGUACCGUGCACGAACUGAUUUCGCUGAUCGACGAGAUCUUCUCGAUUAUAUUAAAAAUAGCUACCAAGUACUCGGGCCACGUUAGCGUAAACAUCUACACCAGAGACAUUCUUCUCCACGUCGUGUACGGGAUGAGGGGGUACGGGGAGCUCGACGACGAUAAGAUGGCGAAAAGCGGAGUGCUGUCCGCCCUGCAGAUCCUGGACGAGACGAAACGCGUGGGUGGCAUCAAGACUGUCUUCAUCGGCAUUUCAACCGGAAUGGCGUUUUGCGGAGUCAUCGGUCACUGUGUCAGACAGCAGUACAUGAUCAUCGGCGAUCCGAUGUACAAGGCCACGUCGUUGAUGGCGUUGUCCUUCGGCAAGGCAUACUGCGACUACGACACAGUGAUGCACAGUUACUUGAAGACGGAGAGAUUUCAAUCGCGGGGGAUGAUGGUGCUCAAAGGGUACGGCAAGACCCAAGUUUACGAGGUCGUAGAACUGCACAAAAUGUCCGAGGAAUAUCACUUGAACAUCGACUACGUCUAUCCGAUUCUCGGUCGAACGAAAGAGUUGGAGUACUUCAAGGACAUCUUGGACGAUAUUGGGGUGCCGGGGAAGAGUUACGCGGGGAUGCUCAUCGAGGGCGCCGAGAGGUCGGGCAAGUCGAGGCUCCUCGACGCGUUCGCCAUGAUCGCUCAAAACCGGCAACUGACUCUGCUGAAGCUCGCGUUGCGCGAGUCCUUCGUGGACAAGGAGUUUUCGGUGUUGUACCAGCUGCUUCUCCAGCUGUUCUGCGCGACGAACUGCACCGCGAUGGGAGACCGCGAGAGGAUCGUGUCGAACAGAGUGGCGACCCUGAUAUCUCCCAAAAAUUUGUGCUACCUGAACCCCGUGAUGAAGGUUCAUUUCCCCCUCACGAAAGAGUAUUGCAAGUUGACCGACUGGGAGCGUCACACGAAGACCAUCGACAUCUUCAACACGAUGUUGCAGAAGAUCGGCGAAAAUAUCUGCAUCCUGCUCGACGACGUGCAGAACAUGGACGUGCUGUCCUGGAAGUUCCUCUCCGCCGCCAUGGAGAACGAUAACGUGAUCGUGGCGAUGACCAUGCUGGAGCCCAUCUCUUGGGACAAUCUGAGCCAAGCGGAGAUGGGCAUCUGCCAGGACAAGAGGCUGCUCAGCAAAUCGUUGCAGGACUUCGACAGCGAAUACAUCACGGCGUUCGCCUGUCAGUUCUUGAACGUCCUCGCGAUCCCGAAAUUUCUCGACAGGACGCUGCAGAAACGCGGCAAGAACGCGAUCGCCUGGUGCGAGGCGUUCCUGACCUCCAGCUUGCAGACCAACGCCGUCGAGUUUACGAACAUCGCGCCGAACGAUCCGAGGGUCCACGAACUGGUCUUUCCGAAGAGCGUCUACGUGACCAAGGUACCCUCGAAUUUGACGCCCGAGGAGCUGGCGCCGCCGUUGAAUUGGACGCAAAUGAGCAGGAUACGAGUUUGCUUGACAUCCUGGAGACAGACGAGCUUCAUUGAGAUUAAUCGCGACGUGAUGGGCUUGCGGAUCGAUAUAUACAACAGGAUGAAUCCGUACGAGCAGGACUUCAUCAAGUGCGCAGCCACGUUGGGCGGAGUUUUCGUGCGCAAUAUGAUCGCGAACGUGAUGGUCAACGCUGCGCCAUUGUACACGUCCAAAGCCGUUGCGGAGAUGAUAAGGUUGAGGAUUCUCGAAUGCGCGAUGAUUCAGCGAAGAAACUGUCACAUAGACGAGUCGAUGUUCUUCUUGCAGAAAAAUCGGAGAUCCUUUAGCAACAUGCAGCACCUGACAACUUGCGAGUGUCAACCCACCCGGGUCUUCGCGCCGCGAUCUUUGCCUACGUACGCCCACUGCCAGUACUUGGAGUUCGUAAUGCCGUCGUAUCGCAAGCUCUUCUACAAUAUCCUGCCUGUACACGAGAGGAAGGAGUUCCACACGAAAGCGAUAGCCAUCUUGGAGCGGUACGCCCACAGGUGUAGCACCUGCGGCGGCGACGGUUUCCUCUCGAUGUUCUCCAAGGAGGAGCCUCCUUCGGAGCCGCAGGUUGAUGAGCAAGCGUCGACGCCAUCCUUAUACGCGAUGAAACGGAGGAGGACGCAGAGUCGUCUGAUGGACAGAAGGGAGUCGAAGCGGAACGUUUUGAUGCUCACCAACGGAACAAACGACGGAGAUAGGAAAAACCGGGACAGCGUAGUUAUCCGCAGGAUCUCGUUGCUGCCUUCCUUCGAAGACAACAACGAGGAAGAGGACAUUUCCGCCGCGAAUUCGUUACAAGCAGGACCAUCGGACGGUAGUAAGAAGACGCAAAUCGUCUGGGAAAAUCGGCUGAAACACUUGAGCCACCUGGAUUAUCGCAACUGUCGGUGCGUCGACGCGAUCGACUAUUCCUACUGGCGGCUGCUUUUCCAUCUUCAGCACAGCCAGGACCUCGAGAAGCUGACGAAUUUUAUGCUGGAUUACAGCGCCGGCUUGAUAGCGACGGGACAGCCUAUUUUCGCGACCAAGUUCCUCUCGGACACCACCGCGGAGAUCAAGUACACAAAGGCCAGGGAACAACUGAACGUCGUUCUCGUCGACGAGGCCAUCAGCAAAGAGAUUACGCUACUUCUGAUAGGCGACGCGUACGUUUCUUACGGAAACUACGGGCUAGCGAGAAGGCACUACAAGGAAGCGUUAAAUAUGCGAAGCGUCACCCGCCAUCGCGACAAAUCUGCCUGCUACGGUGUGUGGAAGGAGAAGCUGCGAUUUAAAUUGCGAGGCUCGCCCAAUUACCUUCUGCAUCGUGUCAGCGAUCGCACGGCGAUGAAAAAAUUGGAACUGGCGAUCUGCUUGCAGCGGUUGUCCCUCGCGAUGAUGCUGGAACAGGAUACGAAAUCCGCGAAAUCGAUAAUCAUCCAGAGCUUCGACAUCGCUUUCCGCACUGUCGGAGGCUUUCUGGAGAAGGGGAUCAUCUUCCUGACCGCGGUGAAGAUCUUCCGGAAGGAUUACAGAUACGUGCGAUCAUUGGAGAAGUCGAUGAUGCAGGUCGUCUCCGAGAAAACCAAUUGGCAAACGUUGGUGGAGUUGAUCAUCUUGGCGAAAGUGUAUCGCGUGUUCUUCGAGAACAGUUUUCUGAACGGCGAAUUGAAGAAAUGCAUGGAGACUGGAAUCAACCUGCUGAAGAUAUGCAGCUUGUUUCACUAUAACGAAGCGAAGAUCGCCGUGCUUCCGACUCUGAUAGAAGUUAUGGUGUGGACCAAAAAUUUGAACGCGGCGAUGGAUUUGCUGAAGGAGCUCUAUUUUUUAUCGGAAGAGGAUGUCGACCGAUCCGCGCUCACCUGGUACUACGCCCUCUGUUUGGAAGUGCUGCUCGACGCUGGGAUGUUCAUAGAGUCAUACGACACUUGUUACAAUCAUUAUUUAAGUAUUGCGAUUCGCAAGAAGUUCGCCGGCGUUGUCCGGGAUCCGCAGAGCUUAACGCGUCUGAGCACCUGUGUGAUCAUCUGGCAGCUGAGGAUGAGUAUGCCGAUCACGGACGAAUACUUGUUGAACGUCAACGAGUACGUCAAAGACAUGCAGUAUUACAAUCACUCGCAGAUCUACAGCUGCAUCAAGGGCUUGGAGUGUUAUCUGCUGAUAUUGAACCAACGGAUCAACAUCAAGAGAUCGCACGACGUGGUGGACAGGUUGCAGAACGCGACCACGUUGAUGAGAGCGAUUCGGCGGAUGCAGCACAAGGCUGCGUUCGUCAAGCCGUUUAUGAACCUCUUCCAGGGGUACAUGUUCCACGUGCGGGGUCGGAAGUCCGCGGCUCUGGCGUGUUUACAACGAGCGAAUAAAUGGGCGGUGAUACAGGGGAAUCGGAUGAUACAGGCUUCGGUACAGCAGAACAAACGGACGUGGCAGCAGAAUUACAAUAAUAUGGCGAUGUACUGGGUCGAGGCCUUGGCCAGGAAGGGCGAGAUAAGCUGGCAGGAGAUCCACAACUUCGACGUGGACACUUGGUCGACGGUCAUGUACCCUCUACCGAUCCCGACUUUUGCCAUUUAACGCUAGAACCGUCGUUUCCGAUUUGUCGCA